AUGCUGCUCCGCCGCCUCCUCCACUCCUCCCGCCACAUCUGGCACGGCCUCCGGACCGUAACUCCGGCCACCUCCGCCGCCUCUUCAUCCUCCUCCUGCCCCCUUCCAUUUCGCCGCCUCCCGGACCUCCUCCCCUCGCGCGUCCUCUCCCCGCGGCUCCUCUCCACCUCCGGCCGCGACGACGACCGCAACAAGCCGUGGAACUUCGCGGCGGACUCGGGAGAUCCGGACCCCUUCGCCAAUGAAGACGCCGACGCCGCUGGCGCUGGCGAGGGGGCGACGGUAAGAUCGACGCGCGCCGCCGACGAGCCCUGGGCGACGGGGUUAGGCGGGGAGGACGGUGAGAAUGGCGACGUGUUCGAGGGGAUCUACAAGGAGGUUGCUUCGGCGGCCCCCGCACGCGGAGAGGCGGCUCCGGCCGGCAAUGACGAGCAGUGGACGCUGAGUGGGGACGACGAGGAGAAGGAUCCUUUUGCCGCGGCCGUGCUUGGGGAGGGGAUCCAAAGUGAGGGUGCUGGGCUCGAUGACCUCGAUGCUGGGGAGGACCCUGAGGAUGAGCUGAAGCGGCAGCAGAACAAGGCGAGGGAGAAUGAGCUGAUGGAGAUACUCAAAGGUCCAAAUCGUGCUUUUGGUGAUCUCAUUGCGGCCUCUGGGAUCACAGAGGAAAUGAUUGAUAGUUUGAUCCUCUUGAAGGAUGUUAGAGACAUUCCUGGAUUGCCUCCCCUAACUGAAAUAGAAGAUGAAGCUAUCAAGAAAUUGAAUGCAACAUCAAGCAGAGCUGAAGUUGAGCGCCAAAAGCAAGAGGACAUUGCUAAGGCACGAGUAAGACAGGUUGAUGAGAAAGGAAGGGCUUAUGGAACAGGGAAAAGGAAAUGCAGCAUUGCUCGUGUUUGGAUUAAGCCUGGUGAUGGUAAAUUCAUUGUUAACGAAAAGGAGUUUGAUGCUUACUUCCCAAUCCUGGACCAUAGAGCUGAACUUCUACGUCCAUUUACUGUGACCAACUCUUUGGGGCGUUGGGAUGUGACCUGUACCGUUAAAGGUGGUGGUGUAUCAGGACAAGUUGGAGCUAUCCGCUUAGGGAUCAGCAGGGCCUUGCAGAAUUCGGAACCAGGACUGCGUCCAUAUCUCAAAGCAGCUGGAUAUUUGACGAGAGAUUCACGCGUGGUUGAAAGGAAAAAGCCUGGAAAGGCGAAAGCAAGAAAGAGCUUCCAGUGGGUCAAGCGGUAA